AUGUCGGCAGACGCAAACUCUUGUCCGGUACCGCCCGGCGAAUCGCUAGACACAUCGCCAACUCCUAUAACGACAGCGGCAGAAGAAGGGGGCCAACAUGCUGCGGGCCAAGACACCAAGCCGGCCGAAGCCGAUGCCGAAGCCGAUGCCGAAGCCGAUGCCGAAGCCGGCAAAUCCACUAGUUCUACAAUAAACCCCGAACCCGAGCCCGUACCCGAGCCGGCGCUUCCGCCCCUUUCUCCGGCCGAGUUCCGGGAAUACAAUCGCCUAGCCGUCAAGAUGGAAUAUUUUCACGACCACUUCCGCCAAACAUACAACAUGAUCUACGAGGCGGCGAGGACGGGCCGCCGGCCAAUGGGCAUGUCGCUCAAGAAGUUCCUCGACGAGGGCAUCAGCCUGGUCGGCUACCUCGAAGCGCACCACGGCAUCGAGGAGUCGUACCUGUACCCCAUCCUGGCCCGCAAGAUGCCCCAGUUCCGCACCGCCGCCGAGGCCGCCGCCAUGUCGUCGCCGUCGUCUUCAGCCGGCGGGGGCAAGAAGCAAAAGCAGGCCGACUGCGAGCUGCUGCGCCAGCACCGCGCCAUCCAUGCCGGCAUGGACGUCUUCGAGUCCUACCUGCGCGCCUGCCGUAACCGCGAGCGCGAGCUCGAGAUGUCGGUCCUCAAGGACAAGAUGGACGCCUGGGGCGACGUGCUGUUCCGCCACCUCGACGACGAGGUGCGCGAGAUCAGCGCCGACGUCAUGCGCAAGUACUGGACUGUUGCCGAGAUGCGCUCGUUUCCCAUAUGA